AUGCCGUUACAGUCGCGAGAGGUUGUCACUCUCAGUUUAGUCUUUGAUUGUUGGGAAGAGGAUGAAGAAGAUGCGCCAGUCGUGGUUGAAGAGCCUGAAGUUGCCACCCAUAUCCUCCUCCUCCCUGCCGAAGUCCGUCUCAAGAUCUUGCGCUACCUUUUACGCAUCGAUGGAAACCGCCAGGCUCAUACCCGUCGCCCGCCCACCAGCAGUGUCUCUGAACUUCUGUAUCUGAAUGCACGUCGCAUCCUUGAGGCAGCUGUGUUCAAACACAAAGGCGGCCAAGAGAUAAAUGGCUCCCUCCCGAUCAUAAAUACAUGCACUUUACAGACGACUGUCUUGAAGACAUGCAAACAACUUUACCGGGAAGGGACAUCGAUUCUAUACAACGAGAACAAAGUCGUUGGACUGCAAUCGGGAAUAAAAGGGCUGGGCGCCAAAUUCAGAAACUAUGGCAUCCCAGUCUGGGGUCCAUUGCCGGCGUCACGGUUGAUCAGCCAUUUCUCUGGCGAGGCUGAGAUCAAGCAAGCAAAGUUGGACCCGGUCAUGCUGUUUAGCAGUCAAAACACCAAAUCGGACACACCGUUCUACAUCUGCAGUUACAAGGAUGCUGCUGAUUUCGUGCAUGCACUUUGGAUCAUGAUCGAGUGUCCCUUCUCCAAAGGUAUGCGGUAUAACUUGACUUUGUCAAGUGAGCCGGGCUACCGUCUUGUGAACCGGACUGACGGUUUCGUCAAAUACGCUGUCAUGCCUUGGCUACACAACCACAUCACCUCAAUCGAUCUUCAUCGUCCCGCGUCAAGCAGCGCUCCGGAACACGAGAAGGCGACCAAGUCCGAGGAAGCUGAGAAACGUUUACAGUCUAUCCGUCACGAGCACACAAGGCAUAAGACUGCGAGCACUGCAGAGCCGAAUGUCCACACCUACAAUGCCAUUUGUACUUACCUGGAGCAAGUGAUGCAGCAGGCUGACCUCUGUGUCGAUCAGGCGAGCUUCAUGAGUGCGGAACUGUUGUACGAACGAGUUUGUUAUGAGGCAUCCGGCAUUGUCCGUACCCGAACCAGUAGACUGGUAGACGUGUCGUCUAAGAGCAGGGAAGGCAUCAACCGUGUUUGCAAGCUGAUUGCUGUCAGUGCCUACCGACUUUGUGAGCUCCGAAGUGGCUCGCUGACACACAGCAUGGCUAGACGUUUAAGAGACCUCAUUGCACAUCUCUCGGGUAGUGUGCCGGGCGUGGGCGAGGGCGAGCCACAACCCAACUCCGCAUCAGAGCACAGCGAGAAGAAUGAGGCUACUGACACCAGCCGUGCCAAGCAGACGUCAAAUUUGACAACAUCGUCCCCGGAGGAUUGGAGGACACCGCCGAGUCCGUGGCGCGAUGAGCGAAUGAAACAUACUGUAGCAGCAUACGGUCAGUUCAGCGAAGGCCAUGAACCAAGACUCGAAAUCCCAGAAUCUCCAUACUCCCGAUACACAACAACCCGGCUUGAUCCACACCUCGCUCGAGAUUUGGCUCUCACAAACGGGCUUCUGGCACUGCGCCUCCCCUGUGCCAGCCCAGUGCCAGAAUGGAACAUACGUCUAGAAAUCAUGCUACUUCGACUUUUUGCCGAACGCAAUGACGUUCCCAACGCGCUUCUGAGCAUUCGUCGCAUGCAGACCAAUGUCGAUCUGGUAUGGAAUGAAGCUAAACUGAAGAACAGAGCCGGGUCGAGGUGGGAAGCUCUUCGAUCGUUGGCAACAGAUCUGGCCGAGCAAACAGCACCGGGGGCCAAGACGAAGUGUUUCUUUGAGACUGCAGAACAGGCACAAGAUGUUGUUGCUGCGUUGUGGGGCGAGCGCUUGAGACCCAGGAAAGGCUACAACGGACUCAUCUGGACCUUCAGAUGGGCAGGUUAG